AUAAAAAUUAUUAAAUCAUCAUUUCAUCAUUCAAUUCCCUCCACAGACAACUCCAGUUCGACACAGGAUGGUGACCUGACCAUGACUGACUUGCAAAGGACGGCGAUCACGACUCUGUAUUCCAUAACAAUACUGGUAGCUUUAACAGGAAAUAUAUUUAUUAUUUUCAUCGUGUCAAAGAGGCCCGAAACAAGAUCACUAACGGGUUUCCUAUUUGUCAAUAUGGCUGCAGCCGAUCUUCUGGUAACAUUGCUUGUCAUGCCAAUAUCCGUUACAAUCCCUUAUACUAAAAUGAAAUGGCUGUCGGGAGUUAUGGGAGAAAUCACGUGCAAAGUCGUAUUCUACAGCUUUUUCGUGUCCAUAUCAGCAUCCAUUUCUAGUCUGACAUUCUUGGCAGUGCAUCGCUAUUCUGGAGUAGUCUUACCUUUUCAUCGUUUUCCCCGACUUCGAAACGUGAAAUUUGUGAUUGCAGUGAUCUGGUUGGUGUCAAUAAUUCUAAUGAUCCCAGCUGCAAUUGUGUACAAGAUUUACGAAGGUAACGGAGAAGUGCAAUGUACACCGGCCCCCGGUUUUGAAGAUCUGUUUGGACAUUUUCAAGAGGGUGUGACCUUCUUUUAUACAUAUCUGUUUCUUCUGAUCUACUUCAUUCCACUUCUUCUCAUUUCACUGCUUUAUGGCCUGGUUUCGCGAAAAUUGUGGCACUCAAAGAUGCAAUAUAGGUUAUCAAGUGGCCAGGAUAUAGCAAAACGCCGCGAGGCGUCAAAGAAGAUAGUGCGCACACUCGUUAUAGUCACCGCUGCCUUCGCAGCCUGCUGGCUCCCAGCACAGGCCUACCAUCUUAUUUGGGCGUUUAACCUUAACCUUCAUUUUUCUCUGCCUCAGUAUGUGAUGUACGUUUGUCUAUGGUUUGGCCACGCCAACAGUGCAUUAAAUCCAUGGCUUUAUAUGUUAUUGACUGAUAAAUUCCGUACGGCCCUUCGUGACGUAGUGCGCGGAAGAUAUUGUGGUUAUCAAAGCAAGUGUAAAUCUUAUACGGUUAGAGAGAAUAUCGCAAUGAGGCGACUUAUCCCAAAAUUUCAUAAUAAUGAACAACAAAACGUCAAUGAGUUAGAACCAGGAUAG